UGCUGCACGAGCUGGUUGAGUAACCCUUCCUCCGUCACACGCCGCUGUCAAAGGGAACCGUUCUGUGGGUUGUGAACACCGUAGUCAUGGAUGGUUCUAUUAAAACACCAAUUAAAUAUUCCGACGGAGUGAAAGAAGAUUUAAAAGUAGGUAAAACGGCUUCUUCUGUCCAAGGCUCGGAGAAUAGCCGGGGCUCCUGCCUAAAGCGUUGCUUCAUCCCGCCGGCCUACCGGCACGAGCUGGGUCAACUUUUCAAGUUAGCGGGACCAGUGAUCAUUUCCCAGUUGAUGGUCUUUAUGAUCAGUUUCGUCAGCACUGUGUUCUGUGGUCACCUGGGGAAAACUGAACUUGCAGGAGUAGCAUUAUCAAUUUCGGUGGUUAAUGUCACCGGUAUUUCCAUUGGCACUGGUUUGUCGUUAACUUGUGAUACCCUCAUAUCUCAGACGUAUGGGAGCGGUAACUUGAAGCGUGUGGGUGUGAUUCUCCAGAGGGGGGUUCUGAUUCUGCUGCUGGCCUGUUUCCCCUGCUGGGCUAUCCUCGUCAACACUGAACCUCUCCUACUGGCCGUCAAACAGAGUCCAGAGGUUGCCAGUAUCGCCCAGCUGUAUGUGAAGAUCUUUAUGCCUGCUCUGCCGGCUGCCUUUAUGUACCAGCUGCAAGGGAGGUAUCUUCAAAACCAGGGAAUUAUAUGGCCUCAGGUUGUGACAGGCGUGAUUGCAAAUAUUCUCAACGCAGUCAUCAACUACGUCUUCCUCUACUGUCUGGAUAUGGGCGUUGCUGGAUCUGCUGCAGCCAAUGCUAUCUCACAGUAUUUGUUGGCUGUAAUCUUAUUCACUUACAUCAGCUGCAGGGGUCUGCACAAGGCUACAUGGGGAGGUUGGACUCUGGACUGUCUGCAGGAGUGGGGGCCCUUUGUCCGGCUGGCCAUCCCCAGUAUGCUCAUGCUUUGUCUGGAGUGGUGGAUAUUUGAAAUAGCUGGAUUCCUGGCCGGAGUGAUCAGUGAGACUGAGCUGGGAGCUCAUUCUAUAGCUUAUGAGCUGGCAGCCUUAGCUUAUAUGUUCCCACUUGGAUUUGCUGCGGCUGCCAGUGUACGGGUUGGGAAUGCUCUUGGUGCAGGAAACAUAGAGCAGGCCAAACUGUCUUCCAAAGUCCCCAUCCUUUGUUCAUUCAUAAUUGCAUGUUUCAUUGGAGCCAGCCUCAGCUUUGCCAGAAAUGUCAUUGGAUACAUCUUUACAUCCGAACAAGACAUUUUACAGAGGGUUGCUGACGUCAUGCUCAUAUUUGGCUUUGUGCAUCUUGCUGAUGCUGUUGCGGGUGUUGCUGGAGGGGUUCUCAGAGGAGCAGGGAAACAGCUGAUUGGUGCUCUUUGUAACCUGGUGGGAUACUAUUUUAUUGGUUUCCCUAUUGGUGUGUCCUUAAUGUUUGCAGCAAACAUGGGCAUUGUAGGACUUUGGACAGGACUUUGCAUUUGUGUGCUGAUGCAGUCGAUUUUCUUCGUCACAUUUGUGUUCAAGCUCGAUUGGAAGCAGGCUGCUGAAGAGGCUCUUGUGAGAGCAGGAGUCCAGAUCAAGGAAGAAAAUGAGAUGGUUGAGAUGAGAAUUAAAGACUCGAAUCAGAACCAGUACCAGGUCAGCACUACUGCAUCUAGUGGUGAGAUUACUGAGGUGGACCACACGUAUCAGGAGGUGCAUAUUGCGGACCAGAGUAAAUCCACUACCACUACAGUGGGAAAUGUUUUGUCAAUAACACAGCUGGUUUUACGGCGGGGCCUCGUAUUGCUGCUCAUGGUCCUCAUCCUCAUCGCUGGAAUCAUCGCAGACAUCUUCCUCACCAGGCUGCUGAAAUAAGUUGUCCGAUGAUUCAAAGCUUGCUUUCAGACUGAUGGCUGUCAGGAUUGAUAGCAUCCACCCAUUAAGUAAAUAUAAAAGUUAACACUGAAUCACCUUGUAAUGAAAUGGUUACUGGUGCUGUUGAUCCCACUGAGGAUCAACCCCUGAGUCUGCAGUAUUGUGCAGUGUGUAGCCAACAACCCUUUUAUAGACUACUGGACAGCCACUUAAUGGCAGAGAGUUGAAUCAAACAAGGCAAUGGAAUAUCUAGCCAGUGAGACCCAGACAUUUUUGAGAAGUUACAAUGUCUAAGUCUAUUGUCUAGACAACAGUCAAGCCUACUACUGCACAUAGAGGGCAAAAAAUUGCUUAAUGCAAUUUUGCAAGGAUUUCUUGAGGCAUGUUUGAUUCUGCAUAACAGAGUAUGGUGCUGUAUUCUGUAUCAUAGUGAAUUUGAAUUUGAAUACUUUAGGGACUUUUUGUUUUUUUAUUUGAGGGGCUUCCGGAGGAGUUUUGGUAUCUUUAAUCAAAAUAGACGUGACCCUCCUUUGCUUUGGCCCUCCAAAUGAUUGGGAAAAGGCUUGAGCCACCCCAAAAAUGUAUUGAUGCCUUCUGUACAGGAUGUGCUUGGCAAAGUAUAGAUAGCCACUGUUUACUACAACCAUGACAUCAGUGACUCAACCUCUGCCGUCUCAUCUUACACAUCCC